CGGAAUCCCACCUGCUCCGCGUCUCCGCGCGGCGCGGGGGAGCCCAGGCCGCCUCUCUUCCCUGCCAUCCCUCCCGCCCUAUCGGCCUCAAGAGGACGCGGGUUCCGCGUGAGCCCGGCCAGCGUCCAAGUUGGGCAGUUUUUAUUUGUUUUGUUUUGUUUUGCUUGGGGAGAUGGGGAGAGAGGAUUCCACGUUACCACCAUUCCCUUUAAAGUUUACUAUCCGGGUGUGUGUGGAGGAGCAUACGAAAGAAAAGGCUGUGACCUAAAAUUGGGUCGCAGCGACAGCUUUUCGUGGUCGUGCUUUUUCAGUGACGGACGUGCUGGAAGAUUGUUGUUGUUCCAGUAUGCCUUUUUUUUUUUUUUUUAAUUCAAACGUUCAAUAACGCCUUGGAGCCCGAGAGAGAGAUUUUUGUUUUAUAGGACAGUUAGGUCUUGUUUGCGACAGCAGGACAAGCAUCAGUCAACAGGCGUGUUAUUUAUUUGAGGAGAAAACGCGUGUCAGCCAGAGUGUCAUGAGGGCAGAGACUGUAUUAAUGUGAAUGUUAUUCCUUAAAAUGCAUUAUCAUCUCAUGAAAAGAGUAGCCCAAGUGGAAAAGGUGCAGUUUUAUAGGAUUACAAGUUUGUAUUUGGUUUGUAUAUACUCUCAUGUUUUCUGCCUGUUUUCUCCUACCUCUGAUCUCUUUGGGGGGAGGAGUUGCAGACACCUGUAAACAGCGUAGCACUAAUCUAUUGUAGGACACUAAUUACAUUAAUCUAUUGUAGGACAUUUGAAAUUAUUAUAAAAUAGUCUGUGGGAGACAUAAGGUUGGGUAAUAAGUAAGGACUUUUGGGAAAGUUACUCAGUUUAUGUUUAUAAUGGUUCUGCAUUCAGCUUCUGAAACCUUUAGUGUGUAAGUUCUGAACUAUUAACUCUGAACUUUUAAUAAAAAUUUAUUUGGCUUCUCGUAUGGGGACUUUGUUUAGUUUGGGGACAAGAUAAAUAUUCUAGGCAAAUUUUAAUUCAUUGUAACAAUCUUUUCUUGAGGCAGAGCUCUCAGUAGGAGUUUGGAAUACAUGUAUUAUCAUCAAUGUGUAUGUUACAUAAUUUUCUUCUUCUCAGUGUUUAAACACAGACUUGCUUCCCUAUGAAAUUUUAUAAGAAUACUAGGGAAGUUAACUAAUCUUGACACCAAGUCAAACCUGGGAAUAGAUGAGUAGAUUUCAGCUUGAAUUUUAAACUUGUGUACACAAAUUUACAGUUUUGAAAAUUGGUGAAUCAGUAUAAAUUGUUUGUGCAGGAGAGCCAGAAAGUUUGAUGCUGAUUGUUUUGAAAUUUUCCACAUGAUUUGCCACUACUUUAGUUAUUGGUUGUUAAAUUCCUGGAACUGUUAUCUUACUUCUGGCAACUUGAAUAAUAUUUAGUAUGAAUGGAAGGCUAUGAGAAGGAACUCAGUAUGACAUUUAUUCAUUAAAAAAUUAAAGCACAGUAAUAGAAGAAAACCUAUUUUCUAUCAUGUGGAGGUUAUAUUACCUUUUGUUUGCACACUUUUUCUAGGCAUUCUUCUUAACAGGAAAACUUCCUUUUCUUAAGGAGUGAUAUUGAUGGUAAUGUUUAUUAUAAAUCUUAACACUGUUCUUAUCUAAAGUAAUGGCUCAUUAUUCUAAGUAGAAAACAUAAGUGUUCGUAGGGAAAUUGACUUGCUCUUCUUGCCUUCUCUGAUGUCCAAGACUUAACCUUUGUGGAACUUUUUCCUACCAGAGGUAAAAAAAGAGUGACUGAAAAAAAAAUGACUGAGUUUUCUUCCUUUUGUGCUGUUCUUUAUUCUGUGGAAUUUAUUGGGCAGGGAGGAGAAGUCAAACCAUACUUCAUUAUUGUAUGUCAUACUAAUUUCUUUGAAUUCUAAAAGAGCAGUAUAGAACUUUAUAUUUAAGGAACCAUUAAUUUACAUAGUGCGUUAUAACAGUGAAAAAUUUUAAGGGUCAAAAUAUUCUAUGAUAGGGAAUGGUGAUACUAAUGAUUAUGUGGUGGAACCAGCUAUUAAAAAUCAUAUUUUCAAAAAAAUAUUUACUAACAUGAAAAUAUUUAAGUAAUGAGAGGAAAAUCAUAAUAUAAAGAAAUGCAGAGUUUGCAAAAAAAAUGUGUACACACUUCAGCAGCUUGCCAUAUGAAUAUAUGUCUGCAAGCUAAUCGCCACUACUUUGAACACCUCUUGUAGUUCUGCAGGCUAGAGGUAACUUGUAUUAAACUCAUGGUAAUAAAUUUAGUAUUAAAAUAUUUAUACAAAUUUUACUUUUCCUGAUUUUUUUGGCAACUUAUAUAGUAUUAUUUGUAGCAUCACCUAUUUGUGAUUGUAAGGAUUGACAAGAAAUACUGACAAGUAUUGUCUUCUGGGUAAUAGGGCUUCAGUACAAAAAUGACAUUAAAAUAUCUUCAGGGGUUAUAGUAGAAAAUACUGAAAAUUAUUACUCCAACAGAGAAACUAUCUUAUGAUUUAUUGUCAGCAAAACAAACCCAAAAUGUGGUGCUUAUUUGCUGUACAUAUAAUAGAAACAGUUCAUAAUUAUCAACACUGACCUUAUAAUAGUUUUACAUAUGAGAUGUGAUUGACAAAUACGGUGAAUGUUAACCAAAUUUUACAAUGAAACUUUUAUAGUUAAUACCCUCAAUAUACUGUCCUGUCUCUUCUAACACAUUCUUACCACUUUCUGAAGUAUUCCUGGAAGUCCUCUUUUAUGAGUGUCUUUACAUGUUGUGAUAAAAACUAUGGUGAAUGCAGCUGCCCAUGGCAUCCAGUGGAAAGGCAAUACAGUCUGGCACAGUGGGACUUCUGGUUCUUCCCGAAAGCCAAAAUGACCAUAAAGGUAAAUGUUUUUAAUUGAUUCAGGACAUCAAGGCAGCCAGGACAGCACAACUAAAGAUACUUACAAAAGAAAGAUACAUACAAAAGAGGACACCCAGUACUGCUUCAGAAGUGGCAAGAAUGACAAGAUAAGUGUGUUCAAAAGAAGGGGAAGAUUUUGAGGGUGAUUAAUGGCAGUGUGUCUUUUACUGUAAUGUAUUUUUAAAAAUUUAAUCAUUUACCAUAAUGUUUGAUCACCUGUUGUUUGUAGACCUUUUGUAUCAAUGGACAUUGCUGCUCAUCACCUCCUUUUCUGUUUGCUUCUUGCACCAAGUUGUUCUGUAUUGACAGUGCCACCUAUUGAUGUACUCCUCUCCCUAACCUUUCCCGAUUACUUUAUCAGUUAGAAGGCUGCAGUUUUGAAAUGUUUUGAGAUGCCAAUGUUUUGCUGGUUACUGAGGACACAAAGUAUUUCUCAUACUUUGAGACCUGCAGAAUUCACAAACUGAGAUCUGGUAUUAUUUUCAGACAGAAAUCUUCAGUAAUGUAUGUGACCUUAUAUAAUGGAAGAUGAUUGAAGACAAGGGACCUCGUGUUGCUGACUACUUUGUUGUCGCAGGAUUAACUGAUGCUUCAAAGCCUCUUGAAGAAGAAAUUCACUUCAAUGAUGCUUGUCAUAAAGUAGCUAAACCAAAAGAACCUAUCACAGAUGUUUCAGUUAUCAUUAAAUCUCUUGGGGAGGAAGUGCCACGGGAUUAUAUAUGCAUCGAUGUUACCCCCACUGGAUUGUCAGCAGAUCUCAAUAAUGGGAGUCUUGUCGGACCCCAAAUCUACCUUUGCUAUAGAAGAGGAAGAGAUAAGCCUCCACUUACAGAUCUAGGGGUUUUGUAUGACUGGAAAGAAAGACUGAAACAGGGCUGUGAAAUUAUUCAAAGUACUCCUUAUGGGCACCCUGCAAAUAUCAGUGGCAGUACCUCGUCACAAAGAAUAUAUAUCACUUACCGAAGAGCCUCUGAAAACAUGACUCAGAACACACUUGCUGUCACAGACAUCUGUAUUAUCAUUCCAAGUAAAGGGGAAAGCCCACCACACACAUUCUGCAAGGUUGACAAGAAUCUCAAUAACAGUAUGUGGGGCUCUGCAGUGUACUUAUGUUAUAAAAAGUCAGUGGCGAAGACCAACACUAUAUCUUACAAAGCUGGUCUAAUUUGUAGAUAUCCUCAAGAAGAUUAUGAAUCAUUCUCACUACCAGAAUCUGUUCCCCUGUUUUGUUUACCAAUGGGUGCAACUAUUGAAUGUUGGCCACCAAAUAGCAAAUACCCUCUGCCUGUAUUUUCUACAUUUGUGUUAACCGGAGCCUCAGCCGAAAAGGUCUAUGGUGCUGCUAUUCAGUUUUUUGAACCAUAUCCUGAGGAGAAUCUCACAGAAAAACAGAGACUUCUUUUAGGCUUGUCAUCGGCAGAUGGAAAGUCUGAUAGUUCCAAAACAAUUCACACUAACAAAUGCAUCUGUCUUCUUUCUCACUGGCCUUUUUUUGAUGCAUUCAGGAAGUUUCUGACUUUUCUGUAUCGUUAUUCCAUCUCUGGACCUCAUGUCCUUCCAAUUGAGAAGCAUAUUUCUCAUUUUAUGCAUAAAGUUCCUUUCCCAUCUCCUCAGAGACCACGGAUUUUAGUUCAGUUAUCACCACAUGAUAACCUGAUUCUCAGUCAGCCUGUGUCUUCACCUCUUCCACUGAGUGGUGGCAAGUUUUCAACACUACUUCAAAAUCUAGGUCCUGAAAAUGCUGUGACACUACUGGUAUUUGCAGUAACAGAACAUAAAAUUCUUAUUCAUUCCUUACGGCCUUCUGUGCUUACUAGUGUGACAGAGGCACUAGUGUCUAUGAUUUUCCCUUUCCACUGGCCAUGCCCGUACAUUCCUCUUUGCCCACUGGCUUUAGCAGACGUCUUGAGUGCACCGUGUCCUUUCAUAGUGGGGAUUGACUCAAGAUACUUUGAUCUCUAUGACCCUCCACCAGAUGUCAGUUGUGUUGACCUAGAUACCAACACCAUUUCCCAAACUGGUGACAAGAAGAAUGUAGCCUGGAAGAUUCUUCCAAAGAAGCCAUGUAAAAAUCUGAUGAACACACUGAAUAAUUUGCACCAGCAACUUGCUAAAUUGCAGCAGAGACCAAGAGAUGAUGGAUUAAUGGAUUUAACAAUGAAUGACUAUAAUUUUAAUUCUGGAAAGAGGCUGCACAUGAUAGAUUUGGAAAUCCAAGAGGCAUUUUUGUGUUUCAUGGCUUCUAUUUUAAAAGGGUAUAGAUCCUACUUAAAGCCAAUAACACAAGCUCCUUCUGAGACAGCAACAGAUGCAUCCUCUCUUUUUGCCCUCCAAGCUUUCUUAAGAAGCCGGGACCGAUCACAUCAAAAAUUUUACAACAUGAUGACCAAAACACAAAUGUUUAUUCGCUUUAUUGAAGAAUGUUCUUUUGUAAGUGAUAAAGAUGCAAGUCUGGCAUUUUUUGAUGAUUGUGUAGAUAAAGUAGAUAUGGACAAGAGUGGUGAAGUACAACUUAUAGAAUUGGAUGAGUCUUUCAAAAGUGAACACACUGUUUUUGUAACACCACCUGAGAUCCCCCAUCUACCCAAUGGUGAAGAACCCCCUUUACAAUACAGCUAUAAUGGGUUUCCAGUUCUUAGAAACAAUUUAUUCGAGAGACCUGAAGGAUUUCUUCAAACACAGAAGAGUAAAUUACCUUCAAAAUUGAGUAGUCCUAAUAGCCCUUCCCCCAUGUUCAGAAGGACAAAACAGGAAAUUAAAUCAGCCCAUAAAAUUGCCAAGAAGUAUUCUUCCAUUCCUCAGAUGUGGUCUAGGUGCCUGCUGCGUCACUGUUACGGGCUGUGGUUUAUUUGUUUGCCAGCGUAUGUGAAAGUGUGUCAUUCCAAAGUCAGGGCUCUGAAAACAGCCUAUGAUGUGCUAAAAAAAAUGCAGUCAAAGAAGAUGGAUCCACCUGAUGAGGUGUGCUACCGCAUCCUUAUGCAGCUCUGUGGGCAAUAUGAUCAGCCAGUGCUUGCAGUUCGAGUACUUUUUGAAAUGCGGAAAGCUGGUAUUGAUCCCAAUGCAAUUACUUACGGUUAUUAUAAUAAGGCUGUUUUGGAAAGUACCUGGCCUUCAAGAAGUCGUAGUGGCUAUUUUCUUUGGACAAAAGUAAGAAAUGUUGUUUUAGGAGUAGCACAGUUCAAAAGAGCUUUAAAGAAACGUGCACACUCAUCACAAACAACUUUCUCAGCAGAUGGCAGUGACCUGGAUUCUGUUAGUCAUGGCAGCAUGGAUAGUGUUCAUGGGACACACACUGUGGAGCAGGCACCUUUUAAUACGGGUUUAAUCAAAGUGUAUGCUACUGAUGAUAGAUCUAGUACAGGUGGACAGUCUGAUCUUGGGUACAGUUCAUUAUCUAAGGAUGAAGUUAGAAGAGGAAAUGCAUCUACUGAGUAUGUUCAAGAAGAAAAAGAUAAAAAAGAGAGUGAUUCUAGUUCCUUGUCAGAGAACGAGAGUGCAAAAGGAAGUGCUGACUGCCUUCCUAAGCUCAGUUAUCAGAGUUCUUCCAGUAUAGUCCGCCUCAGUGGCACAAGUAAUAACAGUGGUGACAAAAUGUCAGGAGAAUGCACAGAAAGCCUACCAAAGCAGCUCUUAAUGUCAACUGUUGAGGAUAUGAAUGAAACGGGUAACAUUCAAAGUAGAUGCUUCAGGAAAAGACAUAAAAGUGACAAUGAACCUAAUUUGCAGCAGCAAAUAACCUGGGGAAAUAGAAACCGUAACCUCAGUGGAGGUGUAUUGAUGGGAUUUAUGUUGAACAGAAUUAAUCAGGAAGCAAACCCUGGAGAUAUAGUUGAAAAAUUAGGAGCCGAUGCAAAAAUUCUUUCAAAUGUUAUCUCAAAUAGUACAAGACCAAAUAGUCUUGAUAUUGGAAAGCCAUCUUUAAGAUCAAAAAGGAAUAGUCUAGAAAAGGAAUCCAGUGAUGAUGAUACACCUUUUGAUGGUCCUAGUUGUUUGGCAGAUAAAAUGGACUCUGCUGUUAUUUUUGACUUAGAAGAUUUAGACAAUGAAGCAGACAGAUCAAAAGUGGGAUAUGUUGCUACACAAAAUCCCAGGAGGAUUCAACGGGUGAACAGCAGCUUUUCAGUAAAACCUUCUGAAAAAACUGAUGUUGUAACAGGAUUUGACCCCCUUUCUCUCUUGGUUGCUGAGACUGCACAGCAGCAAAAAGAAGAGGAGGAGGACGAUGAAGAUGACAGCAAAAGCAUUUCAACACCAUCUGCUAGGCGUGAUUUAGCUGAAGAAAUUGAGAUGUAUAUGAAUAACAUGAGCAGUCCUUUGUCAAGUCGUACACCAAGCAUUGAUUUACAACGGGCGUGUGAUGAUAAAUCGACCAAUAAAAAAAGCCCAACACUGGUCAAGGCAAGCAGAAGAUCUAGUCUGCCUCCUAAUUCUCCAAGGCCCAUGAGACUUACCAAAUCUAAAAGUUACACAAAAAGCGAGGAGAAAACAAGGGAUAGACUGUGGUCUUCUCCAGCUUUCUCACCUACUUGCCCAUUUAGGGAAGGAUCUCAAGACACGUUAACCCAUCCAUCACCUUCAUUUAACUUAGAUACACUACUAGUACCAAAACUAGAUGUUCUAAGGCAUAGUAUGUUCACUGCUGGAAAAGGAGUUGCAGAGAAAGCAAGCAAGUGGUACUCAAGAUUCACCACAUAUGCCGCAUCAUCCAAGGAUCAAAGUUCUGAUCGUACCAGUCUUUCUUCAGUGGGAGCCCAGGAUUCUGAAUCUACCUCUUUGACAGAUGAAGAUGCCUGCCAUGAGUUGGAAGGAGCCACUUCCUCCCAAGAGAGCAGUGCCACUUCUGGGACCAAGGGAAUUGAUCUCAGCCGAACUAGCCUGGAAAGUUCUGUCUCCUUAGAAGGAUCCCUCUCAAAGUUUGCCUUACCUGGGAAAUCAGAAGUGCCAUCUUCUCUGAACACAAGUAAUGCAAAUAUCUUCCAGAACUAUGCAAUGGAGGUUCUCAUUUCAAGUUGUUCUCGGUGUAGAACUUGUGAUUGUCUUGUUCACGAUGAGGAAAUCAUGGCUGGCUGGACAGCAGAUGACUCCAACCUCAAUACCACAUGCCCAUUCUGUGGCAAUCUUUUCUUACCCUUUCUGAAUAUUGAAAUAAGAGAUUUAAGACGACCUGGAAGAUAUUUUUUGAAGUCAAGCUCGUCUACAGAAUAUAUGCACUUUCCAUCCUCCUUUUCAAGUCAGACAAAGAAGUCUUGCAUUUCAACAUCUGCCUCUGGGCUUGAUGCAUCUCCUCUCUCUGUUCAAGGAAAUUUUGAUCUAAGUAGCAAAUCUAACCUACAAGAAAAUUCCUGUGCCCGAAGUGUCCAGAUCCCCACUAGUAGAUCAAAAACAGCUAUGUCAAAAUGUCCAUUAUUUCCAAUGGCAAGGAGUAUUAGUACUUAUGGCCCCUUGGAUAAAGAGGAUACUGGAGGACAGACGCUCAUUCCUACAGGCAGCCUGCCAGCUAGUUUACAAGGAACUACUGAUUCUUUGGGAAUAGAAUGGCACCUUCCAAGUCCAGAUCCUGUCACUGUCCCAUAUCUUAGUCCAUUAGUGGUAUGGAAGGAACUUGAGAGCUUGUUGGAAAAUGAAGGUGAUCAUGCAAUAAUGGUAGCAGACUUUGUAGACCAUCAUCCAAUUGUUUUUUGGAACUUGGUGUGGUAUUUCAGACGUCUUGAUCUGCCCAGUAACUUACCCGGAUUGAUUCUUUCUUCUGAGCAUUGUAACAAGUAUUCAAAGAUUCCUCGCCAUUGUAUGUCUGAAGAUAGCAAGUAUGUUUUAAUACAAAUGUUAUGGGACAACAUGAAAUUACAUCAGGAUCCAGGGCAGCCUCUAUACAUCCUCUGGAACGCCCACAGUCAAAAUCGUACUCUUUUGUUUGAGACUCAAAAGUAUCCAAUGGUCCAUUUAUUGCAAAAAACUGAUAACUCAUUUAACCAGGAGCUACUGAAAAGUAUGGUAAAAAGCAUUAAAAUGAAUGAUGUCUAUGGACCAAUGAGUCAGAUUUUAGAGACACUGAGUAAGUGUCCACAUUUUAAAAGACAGAGGAGUUUAUACAGAGAAAUAUUGUUUCUCUCACUUGUGGCACUGGGAAGAGAAAAUAUUGAUAUAGAUGCAUUUGACAAGGAAUACAAGACAGCGUAUGAUCGUCUCACACCUAGUCAAGUCAAGAGUACACACAACUGUGACAGACCACCAAGCACGGGUGUGAUGGAAUGUCGAAAAACCUUUGGAGAACCUUAUCUUUAAGAUUGUGUGUGUGCGUGCGUGUGUGUGUGUGUGUGUGUGUGUGUGUGUGUGUGUACAUUCAAUAUAUAUUGUACAGUCACUAUACAAAAUAACACUUUUAGAUGCUAAACUUUUUUCUUCAAUUUUUGAGAAUGCAUUUGUAAAUGGUUUGGGAGGUUCAGAUAGCUUAUAUACAGAAUGUUUUCAGAAGAGAACAGUGACAAAUAGGGAAGGAGCCACUUUGUUUCCCAUUUCUUUUUUUCUUUGACUCCCCUCUAGUAAGUAAUGAAGUAUUUUUGUGAUGAUGAAAUCUUAAACAAAAUUGGUUGUCAUAAAAUAAGACAACUGUUCUAUCGUUUUUCUUAGAAGAGACGUAAAAACCACAUAUGGAACCAAAACAACAAUGCAAGACAAAAAUAUCUCCUGUUUUCGUAGACUAUUCAAAUGUUUUGACCAUCAAAUUGUAUUAUACAUAUUUUAAAUUGUUUAUAGUAAGUUGAUAUUUUUUUAAUUUUUAAAUUUAAUAUAGCAAACUUAAAAUGAAUUUAAACUUAUUACACAAGCGUUUAUUUUCCUUGUCUGCUGCUAUUUGAAGUAAUUAGUACAGCUACAGAUCUCUAUAGAUCUCUAUGUGUACAUCUGUCUAUAUAUAUGUAUAUAUAUAUUUUAUUACUUGGGAGAAUGAGUUUUAAAAGUGUCAGUACUGGUGUCACCCUCACCCUAGGAUCGCAUGUUCAUUCCCUUUAGCCUGAUGGCACUGAGUUGUGGCAAGGAUGACAUACACUGCCCCGCCAGAGCCUUGCGGAAGGAGAACCAGAGAGGUCCACUGUACACGACUCCAGUUUCUCCUCUGUGGCUAAUAGAUACCUACAGUACACAGAGAAAAUAACUCACAAUCCAAAUAACAAUUUAAAUUUUAAUACACUCCUUUGAGAGUAAACUGAAAAAUACGAGAGUUGACUAUUCCAAAUCUCAUCCUUAUUUUCCUAUCUAAAAUACUGAAUAUGUUAUGAACUAUACUAUAAAAUAUUUAUCUGAAGUGAUUUACUGGGGUAUUCUGUUAAUAGUAUAUAUAAAUAGUCAAAGUAUUUUUUUGAAAGUAGAAAAAAAUCAUAACCCUCUAAAAGUACAGCCAGUUAGAAUUUCCCAUAUUGAGGAACUUAAUUUUUCAACAAGCUUCAGAAUCUGAAGUUUGUGAAAUCUAAAAGGCGGAAAUAUCCAGAAAUCAGAAAAUAAAUUGAAUGCUUAAACAUCAUAAGUACUAAAUAGAUUUUGGAAAUACAUUUCAGUCGCAUCAUUUCUAAUACCAGUUUCUUUGGGUAAUUUCUAAUAAAGAAAUAAUCCUUUGUCAUUAGAAUUAUUUAUUAUAGAUACUCAGUGCAAAGAUGCACUUGCACAGACUGUCAUUUAAAAGGAAGUCUCAGUUUUAAAGAAGAAAAUAGUGAUGGUCCCAAAUUUAGUAUGUAAAGUCAGUUAAAUCUGUGACACUGACACUGGAAAUAUCUUGGAGCCCUGGAGAGUUAGCAUUGGAUCAUCUGCAGAAAAACUGCCUUAAAGUUCAUGCCAUUAUUGAGCUGCGCCAAACUGAAACAUUUCACAGCUUUUCUACUAUGAAAAAUAAUGGAAAGAGUUUAAAAAUGUACAAAUUCAGUUCAAUUAGUUUGGAGCUGAACUUGCUUACUUGAAAAAUCCGGUGCUAUGCACAUAUAUCUAUCUGCCUCUCCUAUGUAAAUACCAUUCACUCCAGUCUUGGUCUUCUUUACUGUUCAAACCCAGCCUUCACAUUCUAAUUGACUCUUGUGUUCUCUAAGUGAUUUGAAAGUUGUCCAUUUAGAGAAACAGUGAAUAGAGAAAGCCUUUAGUGUUGGUGGUGAGCAUCCAUCCAAAGAGGAUUCUGGGGUUCUCUUCUAGUUUAGGUGGUUAUUUGUUUUUUGUUCCUUUAUAAGAACAGCUUGCACUAUUACUUUUUCUGUAAUACAAACAAUAUGUAUGUAGAAAUCAUGCUUUUUUGAUUUCAGGUAUCUGACAAAAAAGAGUGGCAAAGUCCAUUCUUUAUGGCUAAAACUCGUUUGGAAAAGUGAAUGUAAUUUUUGUCUCCCCCCUCCAACCCUGAGUUUUGUUUUUGUUUCUGACUUUGGGUAGAGUUUUAUCUCACCUAUUUUUAAUCCCCAGAGACUGUUACUGCAAAAAGUCCUUAAAACCUAGAUUUGGAGAUGUGCCUCAGUGGUAGGACACUUGCCUAGCAUGAGUGAGGCCCUGGUUUCAUCCCCAGCACUGCAAAAAACAAACAAAAAUAAAACCUGAAACAUGAGUAGAAAAUGGUAAACCCUACUCCAAAGAGAAUUAUAACAGGGAUCAUCCUUUAAAGAACUCUAUACUAACUUUCCAAUUUUCUCUCUGUUGACAAUACAUUUUGACCAAUUAUAUUCGAGAGAGAUUCCCUUUUACUAUGUUGUCUCUCUUAUUUUCUUACUCUUAGUUUUGCUUAUAUGUUUAAAUUGUUAAAAAUAAAUCAUGCUCUAUACUAGUAA